GCAGCAGCAGCAGCAGGCAUCGGGCAGCAGCAGGGGCAGGAGCGGUGUGCGAGUGAACGAGCGAGGACGGCCCGUGCGCUCGCGUUUCGUCGUCGCCGAUUCGUGUGGGUGCCUGUGGCGAGUGCGUGCGCGAGUGCGUGCCCACGGGUAGGUACUUUCGAUUUCCAGCGAUCACGCGGACGACAGACACGGGAGGCCGAUCGAGCCGGGCGCACACGACGGUUGGCCAUGGAGUGAAACGGUGCGGGUACAAGCCGCCGUGCCCCUCUAGUCUCCUGUCAGUUGUUAUACGUGCUUUUGUAACUCUGUUCGCCGUGUGUAUGUGCGCGGGUAUCUCGUGGAACAGGUGUUCGACGACUCUCGUCGUCGUUGGGUCCUAUCCCGCGUCUACCCGGGUUUCUUAUCGAUCCGACCGGGCCGGCGAAAAUAUCUCUGUUCGGCGACGGGAUCGCCAACGGAACGGUUCAACGAACAGAGGAUACGACAGCCGACCGACCGGUGUGCAUACUUGCUCCGACCGGAAAGAAUGAAGUAGAAGAGGCGCGCGCGCGUGUGUACUGUCAACGACUGGCGACGCGUGCGACCGCGCGUACACGGUGUAUGUGUGUGCACGCCGGGCAUCGGCUUGUCACCGAUCGUGUUUGGGCUGCUGUUUCCCCGUUCGCAGUGUCACGGGAGGUGUUCUCGUGGUCGUGGGCCGCGAUGCCGACGGCUCGUCUCUAAGGGAAAGAUAAACGUUGCCAGUAGCAGCGAAGGAAUCGGCGGCGAAUCAGACAGAGAGAGAAAGAGAGAGAGAGAGAGGAAGAGCGAGCGAGAGCUAGAUAGAGAGAGAAAGAGAGAGCUGGAGCGAGAAAUAGAAAGAGUAGGAGAGAAAAGGAAUUGCGAGAGGGGAGUGAGAGUCGGUGGAUCGGCGGCGCGUUUGCAAACGCGCCCAUCGCGCGUCCAACAUGGCUACCGCGGGCAACGCGACGACUGGCAGCGCCGGCGAAUCGAGCGGCAACAAUGCCGCCGUGCCCCAAUGGAAAAGGGACUUGAUACAGCGGCGUAGACAGCAGAGCAAGGUGCUCACGAGCAACGGGGCGAGCGUGAAGCUCUGCUCGGCGAUGAUCGGCUCGUCGUCGCCGACGGAGUCCGUGGACCCGUUGCUCGGCCAAGAGCAGUGCGUCGCCGCCGUGGCCGGUGGUGUUGCCGGCAGCAACGUGCCGUUGCGAUCGCGCGCUGCCAUGGAAGACGAGAGCCCUGUCAACGGCCUCCCGAACAGCCCGUCCGCGAGCGUCGUUGGCGCCGCUGGCGGUGGCAACAAUGGCAGUGGUGGUGGAAGCGCAGCGGCGGCGGCCGGUGUCGUCGCGUCGUCCUCGCCGUUUCUAUGUAGAGGAGCGGCAGCGACGGCGGCAGCGGUAGCCGGUGGCGCCACCGUCGCCGGCGGAACAACCACAACCGCCGCCUCGGCCGCCGCCAGCAGCCUAGGCUCUUCAGUCGCGUGCAACAUGCGUCUCGAGGCGGAUCUGUCGCUCUGCUCGGACUCGGAGGAUGUCGCGAACGGCGCGCUGAGCAAAUCGUCGACGGACACCGAGCGGAAGUCGUCGGAGCACGGGGACGGCUCCGAGAACGAGGACGCGGUCAAAGGUAGCGGCAACGCGGACCAAGCAUCGUGCGGCGAGGAGCGCCGCGCAAGGGCCACCUGUAGGUCCGUCAAGCCGGAAAGGGACGUUCUGGCGGAGUUGACGCGCGCCAAAGCGGAAAUGGCGAGGAACAGUCCGACGGCUGCGGCCAGCGACGACGGGGAGAGCGACAGCUCGGAGGAGCUGCAGUACGGCCCCGGUAUAGUGAACAAGCUGAAGAGCAAGUACCUGAACCUGGCGCUCAGGGAGAUGAACAAGAGCCGGGUGACGGUGCAACGGUUUCGGCGCGCGGCCAGCCUCGAGGACCUGCUCGACUGCGACGACGACGCGCCGGGCGAGAAGGCCGUGAGAAAGUACACGAAGAGGACCAGCGCCGCCGGCAGCAACGCGAAGACCGAGAGAUACAGGAACGCGUCCCGGGGGAACGAGUCGAUGAAACGGGCGCGCAGCGUCGAGACGCUGAUGAGGUACAACGGCGCGGAGGAGGGCCGCGCGGGCCAGGGGAGCGUGCCGAAGCAGGAGCCGGUCAACGACCACAUCAUACUGAUCGAUCGGUCCACGGUGAAGAUCGAGAGCCGGCUCACCGAGCUGGACAGGCCGAAGCCCGUGAACAAGCCGAAGAGGAUCAAGCCGCUGCUGGCGGAGACCGAGAGGCCGCCGCCGGAUCUAGUCAAGACCACCAUGAGGAUCUUCGAGGGGUCCGCGAAGAAGCUGAGACCGAAGGGCGAGGUCGCGGCGAAGGUGGCCACCUUCAAGACCAUCAACGACACCUACAAGGCCCAGGCGCAGAAGAAGGUGGUCGCGAAGCCGCCGGUGCAGCCGAAACCGUUCGUGAACGGCAACACCAGGCCGAUGCCGGGCUCGCCGAAGAAGAUCGUGCUGCCGCAGAAGCCGACCGCCGAGCUGAUCGAGACGCAGGAGGAGUACCACAUCGACGGGGUGAUCACGGAGUCGAUCGUGCAGUCGGUGUCCUCGGUGGUCAGCAAGUUCCAGCAGAUCGAGAAGUCGCACUCGCCGUCCCCGUCGCCGGAGCCCUCGUUCAAGCUGAAGUUCUCGCCGGCGCCCAGCCCGGAGCCCCAAAAGCUAAGAUCCUCCUUGGAGAUCAGCGUAAAAUCGCCGCCGGUAACGCCGAUCCUCUCCCCGAGGAUAUCCUCGCCCAGGCUGCAGAGUCCUUCGUCGCCGAUGAAGGACACGUUCAGGCAGACGUCGCCGCAUCUGAGCAGUCCGUCGUCGCCGAUCAAGGACGCGCCCAGACAGACGUCCAGCCCGAUCCAUAAACCGCCGCCGAGCCCUAGCAGGGAGCUGCUCCGACAAAUAUCCGCGUCGGAGUCGGCGAAGGCGCCCCGAUCGCCGAUCGCCGAGGACCCGUUGCCGUUGAACAACAGCGCGGACCAUCCGAGGCAGCAGGUCCCGGAGAGGAUACAGAGCCCGACGAUUCGGGAGAAGCUGGACGAGUCGAAGGAGAAGGACCAGGACACGGUGACCAGCGAGGAGGAGGCCGAGGAGGACGUCGACGCGCCGAAGACCAUCUCGAAGACCGCGUUGGAGAACAUCGCGAAGACCGGCGUGACCAUGCAGUUCAGCUUCAGCGACAAGCCGACCGCGAACAAGAGCUACUUGCCGGGGUACACGCAGAACGGGCAGAAGUCGGCGGACGAGCAGACGGCGGAGCCGCGUGCAGAGAAGCCGUCGGAAUCCAGGGGCAAGCCGUUUUUCCCGGGGAACGCUUCCGCGAACGCUGUAACGGAGCAGGAGACGCAGCAGGUCUCCAGGCUCCAAGAGAGGCUAGAACCGGACAAGUGCGAUCGGAAGAUCGAGGACACGAAGGAGGAGGACGGGGACGCGGGGGACGCGAGGGGCAACGUCGACGGCAAACCGAUCGGUGCCAUCUGCAGCCUAGGGCUGAUCAAGAGCAUCACCGCGACCUCCUAUCCGCAAGGGAACGAGACCAAAACGAUAAGAUGCCAAAAGACCAGCGAGUCGCCGCCCCAGAAGCAGAUCGGCAUCAUCAGGCCUCUGGUCUCCACGAAGACGCAGCAUCCGCAGCAGAAUCUGAGCCACCGGGAGCUGGAGAAGAAUCUGAUCAACCGCGUGAAGAGCAUAGAACAGCCCACCAAGGUCGUGGUCAGUCUGAAGAGCGCGGACGAGAUACAACCGGCGAAGAAGUCCGGCUCCGGCAGCGGCGGCCUAUGGGAGACGAAACCGUGGAACCAGCAGAACAACACCAUGGUGUUCAACUUCAGCAACCGGAAGGACGUGCCCGACUACAUCGAGAACGACGGGCUCAUCAUCAAGAGGAAGCGGGACAAGCCGAAGGUCGGCGACGGAGGCAUCAUAGUGCUGGACGCCACGUUGGACGCGUCGACGACCGAUGACGCCGAAUGGGAGCUAGCCGGCGGUCCGCCCUCGCCGUGCGACGUCUCGUUCUUCAACGACAACGUGCUCAUCAACGGCCGCAGCAAUCUGUCGAGGACGCCGCGGAAUCACAAGCACCGAAUACAAUUCGACGACACGGCGACCCGCACCUUCGAGUAUCCCAGCGAGGCGUCGAUGCUGGAGGGCGAGAGCAGCGUGGAUGGCGAAACUUCCGGCCCCGUCGAGCAAUCUGCCCCGAUCAGCAAUAAAACGUCCUCGACCAAUUCGACGACAUCCAUGCCGGCACUUCUCGGUGGUGGCGGUGGUCUAGCCAGUUACACGCCUAGCAAAGUGGACUUGACGUCGGAGGGUUUCGAGCUGGGCGUGACAAGGGCCGUGUCGUCGACGCCGGUGCCGGCCCCGAGCACGACGACGACGACGCCGGCGACGACGCCGUCGACGGAGCAGUGCCGCACGGAGAACGAGAUCGGCGAGAUCGACUAUCUGAAGCCUGCACAGGACGCGGGUGCUUGGGGCUCCGAAACCACCGGGGACCUUCUCUACUGAAGAGGACCGCCGGCGGCCGAGGUCGCAGCCAGGGGAACACGCUUACAACCCGGAAGAGAGAAGAACAGCCCCGCGGGAAGAAGCUCCGCCGUUACCUUGACGGGGCGCGGCGCCCGGAAUUCCGGAGUUCCGUGAACUGAGAAAAGACUAGAUCGCAAAAGUAUUUUAAUUGUCGUUUGUUUUUUUUUUGUUUUUUUUUCGUAAGAACGAGCCUUCCACCGAUAGACCGCUAAAAAGAAAAGGUUUCUUCGUUCGAGUGACGAAUGCUCACCUGUAUGAUGAUUUAAGCGAUUAUUACCGCCCCCCUUAAGGGCGCGCCGUUUUCGUGGCCGGCGAAGAAUCGAGAGAAUUUAACAGUAUCAUUCCAAGUAUAUGCAUUUACUUUGUAUUAAUACGAUAACGAUACAGUGAACAGACUUUCCUAAUUAACGAGUAAUCGAAACUGCCAAGAUACGCGUCAGUGCUUUUCGUUCUUUCUGUCUAUCCGUCUGUCUGUCUGUCUGUCUGUCUUUCUUUCUUUCUUCGAUUCUCUGUCUCUUUCUUUUCUGUCCUUAAUUGUUAAGCAAUUUCUUUACACACGGAGAAGCCCAGUGAUCGGCGAGCGUUUAUAUUAGGACGGACGAUGAUCGCGAGAAGGAGAAAAGAUGGGAAACAUACGUCGCGUAAGGGAUAUACAUAGGAUAUCAUAUCACACCUUUUUGGCACAUUUUAUAGCGAGCGGAGAGACGUCGGCGAUGGAACUGAACGUUUUUUCUAACCUUUUUGAGAUUACUUUAAUCCUAAGCCGUAUACACACGAGUUCGAGCUGCCAGUCGAGAGAGGGCUAGAAAAUGUUGGGCGCGAGAUUUUUUUAGGAAAUCGCGAAACUGAGAAAAAAAAGAGAAGAACGACGGGGAAGAAUAGUUUGUUCGCGAAAGAGAAAAAGUGAAAUGUGGAACGAGAAGAAGGAGAGGGAAGAGAAGAGGGGCGGGGAAAACACUCGAGUUUAGAUUUGUAAAAGUUUUUGCCAAAGUAGAACGUAAGUCUACUUAAGUAUACUUAAAUGUAUGUGUACGAUAAGCGAAAAAAACAAAUGUUUCUGUCCAGGGAUAACGUGUAACAAUUGUAAAUUCCAAAAAGAGAAGGCUCAUUAUUAUAUACCGUGGGCGUGUAAAACCAUACUAACAUUUCUCACGCGAAUGCUCAACAGGUUCGUUCAUACUUCAGUGUAGAUAAUACAUUUAUACACCGUGAUUAAAGACGAUCAUGUUUCGUUCGGUUCGCUUGAUUGUUUCUUACAUUUGGACGAGGACCAAAACUAAAAAAAAGAAGAAAAAAAAGAUAAAAUAAGAAGAGAACACACAUAUACAAACAUAUACACCGCAAACACACUCACACACACACACACACACACAGCGAAUGAUCGCGUGCUUUUUGGAAGAGUUUUUUUUUACGAGAGAAGAUCCUGUUUAAUUUUAAGGAAAAUUGAAUUUUGUACAUACUAAAUUAUUCGUCGGCCCCGAGGCUCGAUCAGACGAAUUCGAAUUUUGCUUACCGGGGCCGACCGCGUUCUCUACGUUGUGCUCUUUGUUUCUACUCGUUGUCCGUGUUAAUUGCGUUCCGGGAGACUGUGUAACACACGUCGAGGAAAUUUCGGAGUUACGCGCGUAAACCGCGUCCGAUUGUUUCUGGUAUGAUUGCGGGCGGUAUGGUCGAAUAAAUUAGAGGAGUUGAUCGCGUGAUCGCGGACUGAUUCGAAGAAAACAAAACGUGCGAUACGAUGAUAAUAACCGAACACACCACAGGUGCGUCUGUACGCCAACGGCAACAACUGUGUUCCAUUUUCCGUCGCUGAAUUUAGAUGCUAAUAAUUCCGGCUACCGCGCGCACGUGUGUCGUGCGACGCAAACGUCGCCCAUCCGUUCGCGGCGUUUCCCUCCGUAGCGUCGCGCGCGAUAAUAGAGCUGACCGCGAAAUAAUCGACGAAUCGUGUCGCGGCCGAUUGUAAACGAAGACGAAAGAGCUUUCGCUGCUCUAGAGAACGGCUUGCAAGGAUUCGAGAGAACUGCGCGCGGAGGGAAAACCGCCGUGGGGGCCCGCGUUAGCGUUAAAAAUCGAUGCUUGAUGGGUCUGUGUGUCACAGCGUUGCAUUUUACACUGUGAUAUUUUUUUGUUAUUUCGUUUGUUUGUUUUUUUUUCUCUUCCUAUAGACACUACAAUUGUUUUCCAAUCAUUCGUGGAACAGUAACCGUGUCGAUCGCGUUUUCAGUUUGAAUCACAAUAAGUACUGGUAAGAGAGCGGAGCAAACGAGAUUACGCUCGCGCGGCACGCGUUGGCAUCCUUUGUAUUCGCGCGGAUUAAUUAGCCGAUAUAUAUCUUGGUCGAUCUGAUUAAACGACAAUGUAAUCUCGCUGCUCCGGUCGCGAGGGGACUCCGUAUAUUAUUUUUGUAAAUUAUCGCUGUACAGAGUAUGGAAAAGGCAUCGUCGUUCAAGCCAAGGAUUACGAAGAAGAAUUAGUAUUAUGCUUUAAACGUUAUAAUUAUUCUCAUUAUUAUUAUUAUUACUCCUAUGAUUAUUAUCGUUACGAUUAUCUGAAGCUUGAAUCCCGCAUUACCUUAUUGAGUAUACUUACCAGUUUAGAAAGUAUUGUGUGAUGUAUCGUCUGUGUGUUACAAAAGGUAUUCAAGUAAUAAAAUGAAUUAUACAAUUAC